GAACCUCACCGUCGAGUCGCGACUGUUGCGAUAUGUGCUAGGGACGUUCGAGCGCAGCUGAUUGCUGUCAAAUCGGAGAUGCGAAGAAACGUCAAAUCCACAAUUGAAACAACACACCACAGAAGCAGCACUUUUCGCUAGGGCAAAUAAAACAAUCUACACAAUGAAGCGGCAAUCGAAAAAUCUGCUACUGGAUCGGAUGCACCGUGGCGUCGUGUAUACCUGCAUGGGGCUCACUCUGUACGGCACCUACAUGCUGGGCGUUCGCGUAUACCGGUACUUUACCGUGAUCAAACCUGCCCGGCAGGCGGAAGAGCUGAAAAUGCUAGAAGCUGGAGCUCCAAAACAAACAGCAUCCUUAGACAACGCGCCCACCCUUACCUCCUAGUUUGAUAGCUAAUCCGUGUUUGGCCGGUAGUCGAAGUGAAAUAGAUUUAGCAUUUGUUUUACGAAUAAAAGGUACACAUAAUGAGGCGUAA